AUGGAGUAUCAGAAGCUGAACCACGAAAGCGGCCACCUCCGACAGCGCUCACAGGCUUCGCUCGAGAUUGGUGCAGAGACGCCGUUAACACCACACGGGGAGUGGAUCGAUCCAUUUGCGGGACAAACAAAACACCGAAGACGAAUCCUACAGCUGUGGACGGUCCUCCCGUACAUCCUGCUACGGAUCUUGGUACCCUUCGUUAUCGUUCUUGUGGCUCUGAAUCUCAGCGAUGCAUACUUUCGUGGCACACAUCGCUCCACAAGUGGUGAAAUCGGCGAUGUGCAGUUGACUUAUGGAAGUGAUCCGAGGUACAUGAGUCUGGACUACAAGUAUGACUAUCUGUGGGCAGACGAUAUUGCCCCAGCGCAAGGUAGCAUCAGGCUGCCAAAAGACAAUAGCCUGGGUCCUGCAGACUUGACUGAGUGGGGCUUAAUUGGAAUGUUCCACAGCCUGCACUGCCUGGGCAUGAUGCGAAGAGCCAUGCAACGAGCACACUACGGCGGACAUAUCGGUAUCGACCAGACCGAAGCACCGCACUUUGCUCACUGUUUCUGGUAUCUGCGUCAAGCCAUUCUCUGCAAUGCCGAUGGCACGAUUGAGCUCCCGAGAUACAACAAUGGUACUCUCGGGACGGAAAACAUUUCAGGCGUCACCGACGUUCGGCAAUGUCGAUCGGCGGAUAAGUUGCGGAAGUUACAGGACAAGUACGGCGUCAAGUUGACAGAAGAAGAGAAAAAAGAGUUAGACCCCAGCAAUUUGGACUUGGCGCACGGAGGCGGUGAUUGA